CUGCCCUUCCUCUGGCUGUGCCCCAGCCCCUCGCUUUAAAACCUCAAUCCUGGGGAGAUUGCGCAAUAACUCCUUCAGGUUGAGAAUGGAUUAUACCUGUUUCAAAGGUAUUUGGCACUUGUGCUGCACUGGGGGAGCCCAGUAAACCGGCCCAACCCCUCCUGUGAAAGUACCUGCAGGUGGUUCCUGCAGCUGGUGCCUAGCAACAUGCUCUGAGCUGCUCUGACAACAGCUAAAAUUCAACGUUAUUUCAUCCUUCCUCCCCAGAGGAGCAGCUCUUGAGUCAUCACCAGAGGAGAAGGGGAUGUAUCUCCCACACUUGGCUUGCUAUAAAUGAGUGGUAUGUGAGGGGCUGCUCUCUGUCUCUUGAGCACGUGUGCUGCUGCCAGCCUCUCCACAUGCGAGACAGCUGCAGGCUUAGGAGAUAUGUUAAAUUGUUUUUUUCCCCUCCUUCCCAACUUGCUUCCUGCUCCUAAAAGCCUCUCUGCUUCCUUGGAGCUCUCUGCAGGGAAGCCUGACCAGGUUUGGAUCCAUGCUGAGUCCCACUUUGGCUUUGCUUUGGUGAGCCCCAGGUCAUGCAAACACACAGGUAGCUAAAAACUCAGGGCUGUGCUGGGCACUCUCUAGUGACACAUGGCAACUUUUAGACCACCUGUGUGACAAGAGGAAGACACCCCUGAAUCUGAGGGACAUGCUCUUGGGGAGUGGCACACAUCAGAAAAAAAAACACAUAGGAAACCAAGUUUGCCUGUUUAUGGGGCUGAGAUCCUUGCAGGGGUGGUGAAGCAAACACCAGCCAGGCUGGGCAGGACCAAGCGGCGUGUUUCUGCAUGCGGGCAGGGCGCAGGGAUUGGUGAUGGGAAGAGAGAGUCAACAGGAGGAUCCAGCUGCAGAGAGGGCAGGGGCUCCGUGGGCAGCACAGCUUCCAACGCCCGCUGGCACUGCGCAGAGGGGAGGAAGGCUCCAGCCAGAAGAGGUGGGAAGCUUAGGAGCAGGUUAUGUCUCUCCCAGCUGCCUGCAGUCCUGUGCAGCCUGGAGGGAAGACUGAGACUUGCCUGGUCGAUAGUGUGGAUUCUACAGCCUGAAGCUGAUGAGGAACGACGUUGGUAAGCGUGGUACCGCCACGAGAGUCCUCUCCAGCUCAUCCCAGGACCCUCACCCCUUCAGGAUGGGAGAUUCCACUGUUCCCCAGCCCAGGAGUGGCGUUCAGCAUGCUUCAGGUAAGCAUUAUGAGGAAGAAGAGGAGGAGGAUGCCCUACCUGACUCAGAUGCCCUUCCAGACUCGGAUGAUGAGGUGGAUUUGGAUAAGCCGCGCCCCAUACAGAUUGUUCUUGCUCAUGAAGACGACCAUAACUUUGAAUUAGAUGAAGCAGCAUUGGAAAAAAUCUUGCUUCAGGAACACAUCAAAGAUCUUAACAUAGUAGUUGUGUCUGUAGCAGGAGCUUUCCGCAAAGGAAAAUCUUUUCUGCUGGACUUCAUGCUUAGAUACAUGUAUAACAGGACUUCUCCUUGCUGGAUAGGUGGAAACACUGAGCCAUUGACUGGGUUUACAUGGAGAGGUGGAUGUGAACGGGAAACCACUGGCAUUCAGAUUUGGAGUGAAGUGUUUGUAAUUGAUAAACCCAAUGGAACAAAGGUUGCUGUACUACUUAUGGAUACCCAAGGCGCCUUUGAUAGCCAAUCCACUAUCAAAGACUGUGCAACGGUUUUUGCGCUGAGCACCAUGACGAGUUCUGUUCAGGUAUACAACUUGUCCCAGAAUAUUCAGGAAGAUGACCUUCAACAUUUGCAGUUGUUUACAGAAUAUGGAAGACUAGCUAUGGAAGAAAUUUACCAAAAGCCAUUUCAGACACUAAUGUUCUUAAUUAGAGACUGGAGUUAUCCUUAUGAACAUGCAUAUGGCUUGGAAGGAGGAAAAAAGUUCCUAGAGAAAAGAUUGCAGGUAAAGCAAAACCAACAUGAAGAGCUACAGAAUGUAAGGAAGCAUAUUCACUCCUGUUUCAGUAAUCUUGGCUGUUUCCUGUUGCCCCACCCUGGUCUUAAAGUUGCAACAAAUCCAAAUUUUGAUGGGAGGUUGAAUGAUAUAGAUGAAGAUUUUAAGAAUGAACUGCGGAAUCUAGUGCCAUUACUGCUUGCCCCUGAAAACUUGGUAGAAAAAGAGAUUAGUGGAUCCAAGGUGACCUGUAGAGAUCUUGUAGAAUACUUCAAGGCUUAUAUUAAAAUCUAUCAAGGAGAGGAGCUACCUCAUCCGAAAUCUAUGCUGCAGGCAACAGCUGAGGCGAACAAUCUUGCUGCUGUGGCAGGAGCAAAAGACUUGUACAGUAAAGGCAUGGAGCAGGUUUGUGGGGGAGAUAAGCCUUACCUUGCCCCAUCGGACCUCGAGCGGAAGCACCAGGAUUACAGAGAAUCAGCUGUCAGGCAGUUCCGUGCGGUGAAGAAGAUGGGAGGGGAGGAGUUCUGUCGGCGCUACCAGGAACAGCUGGAAGUGGAAAUUGAUGAGAUCUAUGCAAAUUUUGUGAAGCACAACGAUGGCAAAAACAUCUUUUAUGCUGCUCGUACCCCUGCCACUCUAUUUGCAGUCAUGUUUGCCAUGUAUAUAACCUCAGGACUGACUGGGUUUCUUGGCAUGAACUCCAUAGCUACCCUGUGUAAUCUUGUGUUGGGGAUGGCUCUUAUAUCGUUUUGUACUUGGGCAUACGUUAAGUACUCUGGGGAAUUUAGAGAAGUUGGAACAGCCAUUGAUCAGAUCGCUGAAGCUAUAUGGGAACAGAGGAAUCCCAGGAAGGUGUUUUCCAAACUCUUUGAAGUCCUUAGACGCCAAACGAUUCGCCGUGCUCUUACAUCAGUGCCGCGACAGCGACUCUCAUCCAACAAUAACAAGAAGAAAAACUAGCCAGUAUUUUUAACUUUCUUUCUGUAUCUGAAGUGUUCACACUUACACAUAUAGGACAAUAAGCUGGACCGUCUGGGCCGGUCUGCAUAAAUGCUGUAACCAUACCAGACUGAUGCUGCAUAUAGGGUAUGAAAUUGCACAUCCAUCUUCUAGGAACUGUAAAGUGGUUUAAACUGAGUGAAAUACUGCUGUAUAGGAGGGAUAUCACUUGUGUCCAUAGCAUGUCACUGAUUUAACCUCAUUACUGUAGCAGCAAAACUCAUUUCUCUUUCAGUUCAUGCCAGUUUGUGUCAGACUUCAGCAUUCUAAGUUUUUUCAUUAUUUCAAGUCUCAUCUCUUUGUAUGUUUUUAUAUUAUUUUCCUUGGUUACCUCAUCUUUUUGUUUCUUUUGCACAUUUCUCAUUCCACAGGUGUUGAAGCCCAUGAGUGAUAAUUUGAUGGAGGAUCAUAUGAGGCAGUCUGUAAAAAACUCUAUCAAAGCAGGCCUGACCGAGCAGGUGUCUCACCAUGCCAGACUAAAGACAGACUGACAGUUCAUCUCCUCUUCAACUCUACCCUCUCAUCCUAGACAUGCUUGCUGUACCACGAGAACUCAAUGAUAGAUAAAUAAAUAAACAAACAAAAACCAAAGUUUACAAUCAACUGUAGAAGUAGUUUAGUGUGACUGGCUUCACAGAUUGCUGCCAUCACCUGGGAAGAGUUAGUUUGUCAGUGCUCUGCUUUUAAGAAAACCUGGUGCCAUGGAGACUGCUGGGGGUGGGGGUGCACGUGUCCAUUUUACAUCUAGUCCUGUUGCACUGUGCAUGUGUGCAUUUGGUGGGGUGGGAGUGGGGAGAGGGAUCCUCCCCCAGGGUUUGAGGCAAUGCAGUCUCUGGCUUACAGUGGGAAUCUGUCCUCUGCAGGAGAUAAUUUCAGGGAAGUUUAUUGAUCAGACCCACAUCAGGCGUGCUCUUACCAAAUGUACCCAGCUCUACACCAUCCUCUUGCCCCCUCGAACAAGUGUUUCUGUGUGUCAGGUGUAUCAACUUGAUGAAGCCAUUAGAGCCACUACAUUACGAUAUGUAUCUUGCUUUAUUGCCUUUUAUACCAGUGUUACACAAAUGCAUGUAUUGGUUCCUCACACCACUGACAGCAGAACUGACUUGUAAGGGAGGCAGUGGGUCAGAGCAGAUGGUGUCUUGCCUUGAACGUGCAGACCUGGUCCUGAGGGAGGUGCAUAUCAGAACUGAGCUGUCUUUUUUCCGCAGUUUAGCCUUCAUGUAUAUAAUAUUGCCAUUAAUUCUACUGGGGGAGAAAUUCCAUCCAAAAAUGUUGCCUACAGCUACCAAGCAAUGAGUUAGGAUUGUCUGUACAGUGUGUUUAGUUCUUAUUUUUUAAGAAAUCACAGAUAGGGCAUGUAUAUGAAAUAUAAAUAUAUAAAUACAAUUUUGUAUCAAAGUUUUGUAGUUUAUGGCAAAACCUGGUUCUGUGGUAGCUAAGUGCAGUCCCUGUAAAGGAAUGUUUGUGGCUCAUGUAAAUGUGUGAAUGCAUUGACAAUUUGAAGUUUUUUGAUAUAUUUGUGAUAUUUACCUGCCUUGAACACUGCAAUCUCUCACCCCCUUGGGAAAAUCAAUGGGAAUGUUUGUUGUGAAACUCUUGUCUUCUGUUGCAUUUUAAAGUUAUUUCCUGUAAUUUAUUUUCAGUACAUGAUUAAAAUCAGUUGUGUAUAUAUGAAAUUAAAUUCGUGCUUAUUUUUAAAAGAUGUUCAAGUAUGUAUUCAACGACGUAGACUAUGUCAAAUACUUAUCCUGACAAUUAUAUGAACAAAUUGUCUAUUGUACUCCAUAGCUUUCUAUUGAAGCUAAUGUUCCUCUCAUGCUUGUCUCUGAAAGAUGACAUCUGUCUAGCUCAUAUCCCUUCCCUGUAUAGGAGAACUUUCUGGUAUUCUAAAGCAUGCUUCUUGACUUGUGGAGUUGCUUGUCAGCUUCUGCCCUCCAACAACUGUAUCAUUCUGAAGUGUUACUGGCUCUAUUUUCACUCUUGACUAAAUCAGUAUCAACUAAGGCAUUUUCAGAUGUGUGGAAUAUAAAGGCAGCUAAAUAACUGCUGUAGUUUCAGCUGGAAAAUAACUGUGCAAUAGCUUUUUUUUUUUUUUUUUUUUUUUUUGCAUUCCUAAAUGGUAACAAUUUCCAUGAAUGUUCGAGCUUCAUCAGUCUCUCCUCUCUUGAUUGAGGGAUAUCAUCUGUCUAGGACUAAAGCAAUUGCACUGUGACUUUUGUACCAUAAAGAACUAGUGGGGAGUGGUGGUUACGUGCCCUCUGAAGAUGAGGGCUCAGCUCUAGGUGAAUGAUGCUGAAGAUGAGGUAGGAAUGUUGCAUUUUAUGAUACCUUCUCUCAACCUGUACAGAUUAAAUACUGUUAUUUAAACAA